GGUUUGCUUGCCUUGCUCCUCUGUGUACCAUGACUUCUCCUGUCGAAUUCAAAACCCAGAAUUAUUUGGUUUUGAAACCAAACAAGGCUGGUCCGAUCAAGCUCGUACAAUUCUUGUGGGCUGGCUACAUAGCGGAGGGAGAAGAUGCUAUGAUAUUGUGCCCAAAGGGAGAGGAGGAAAAUCUCAAACGUAAAUGGCUUAUAUCUUUCAUCCUCCUGCAUGCUUCAAAUGAUUCUGUUAUGGAUUGCCAAACGCAUGAGAAACUUUGGUUUAGUUUUUGAGUGGUUCCUCAACCUUCCCUCUAGUAAGCGAAACUGGCUUGAGCUCUCUCUUGAUCUUUUAACAGGUGACAUAAAGAAAGAGAAAGACUCAGCGAGUUUCAUUUCCACUGUUGGACAUACAGACAAGAGAGUGAAGUUGGAUAGUAGCAUCAGCCGGUUAGAUGUCAGAUAUAGAAGAGCACUCUCUGCAAUGGCUGCUAAAAUAGCAUAUGAGAACCAAGCCUUCAUUGAAACUACUGUAAAAAAUCAUUGGAAGGUAAAAUACAUGUAUGAUGUUCGUGCGGAAAAACAAUAUAAAUUGAUGAGUUUGUAUCCUGUUGAAAUCCACAAAUUUGAACAUUAAAUGUGGACGUCCAUCCUCCAUUCCUCUGCGGCCACACCCUGCAAUUUAGUUCAAUGUUUAAAGCAGUUGAUUCUUUAAUUUGGUCAUUCUAA